CGCACCAGCUCGGCCGGGCUUCCGAGGGCGACCUAAGCGGCAUCCGUCUCCACCUCCUCCCGCAGCGUCCGCUCGGGGCUGCUCUGCGGCCGGUGGCCGCGCCGGGCAGGGGCCCGAGGGCCGCGCUUCACUAUGGGGUCGGGCUGGAGCAGCGAGGAGGAGCGGCAGCCGCUGCUGGGGCCCGGGCACGGGCCUGUGGCGGGCGGUGCCUGGAGAAGCCGGGAAGCGGCGGCGGUGCUGCCUGAGGCGGUCCGGGGUCCCGGGCCGGUGUACGGGCGCCGCUGGCUCGUGCUGCUGCUCUUCUCGCUGCUGGGCUUCGCGCAGGGCCUGGUCUGGAACACCUGGGGCCCCAUCCAGAACUCGGCGCGCCAGGCCUACGGCUUCUCCAGCUGGGACAUCGCACUGCUCGUGUUGUGGGGACCCAUUGGCUUCCUGCCCUGCUUCGCGUUUAUGUGGCUGCUGGACAAGAGAGGUCUGCGGGUGACUGUGCUUCUGACAUCCUUCCUUAUGGUUUUGGGAACUGGUUUAAGAUGCAUACCUGUAUCAGACUUAAUGCUUAAAAGAAGACUAAUCCAUGGAGGACAGCUGUUAAAUGGAUUGGCAGGUCCAACUGUCAUGAAUGCAGCUCCAUUCCUCUCCACAACAUGGUUUUCAGCAGAUGAGCGGGCCACUGCCACAGCGAUUGCAUCAAUGCUCAGUUAUCUUGGUGGCGCAUGUGCAUUUUUAGUCGGACCACUUGUUGUUCCAGCCCCCAACGGGACAUCACCUCUUCUUACUUCAGAGAGUAGCAGGGCCCACAUUAAAGAUCUCAUAGAGACCGUUUUAUAUGCAGAAUUUGGAGUUGUCUGCUUACUAUUUUCUGCGACACUAGCUUAUUUCCCUCCCCGCCCUCCCCUUCCUCCCAGUGUUGCUGCCGCCAGUCAGCGGCUGAGUUAUCGGCGAAGCUUCUGCAGAUUAUUAAGCAAUUUGAGAUUUUUGAUGAUUGCAUUAGCAUAUGCCAUACCACUUGGGGUAUUUGCUGGCUGGUCUGGAGUUCUGGAUUUAAUUUUAACACCAGUGCAUGUCAGCCAAGUGGAUGCUGGCUGGAUUGGAUUUUGGUCCAUAGUUGGAGGCUGUGUUGUUGGAAUAGCUAUAGCAAGGUUUGCAGAUUUUAUUAGGGGUAUGCUGAAACUAAUUCUUCUCCUCCUGUUUUCUGGGGCUACACUGUCAUCCACGUGGUUUACCUUGACCUGUUUGAACAGCAUCACACACCUACCUUUAACCACAGUGACAUUGUAUACCUCCUGUAUACUCCUGGGAGUCUUCUUGAAUAGCAGUGUACCUAUAUUUUUUGAGCUUUUUGUGGAAACUGUCUACCCAGUUCCAGAAGGAAUUACUUGUGGAGUUGUCACAUUUUUAAGUAAUAUCUUCAUGGGAGUACUUUUAUUUUUUCUCACAUUUUAUCACACAGAGUUGUCUUGGUUCAACUGGUGCCUUCCCGGGUCAUGUUUGCUCAGUCUCCUCCUCAUUCUGUGCUUCAGGGAAUCCUAUGACAGACUCUAUCUUGAUGUGGUUGUCUCAGUUUAAUGGCACAGACUUGGAGAUUUAAAAGGGACUGGAAAUCAAUACUGCAUACUGCACAUUUGCUUGGAAUUGCACAUCUUAACAGAAAAGAAAAGAAGAGAGAAACUUCAUUCGGAGGUUUUGUUAGGUUGCAGGUGAUCACAUUAAUUUCAUCAUCUAUAAUGUGGAACUUGAGUGAUAAUAAGCAAUUUUAAAACCUCUAUAAAUGGCAAAGCUGUGCUUGAUUUUAGGAUUGGAAUUGUGAUGUCUUACCUAUAAAUCACUACCUACAUAAUACCUUCCGUGUUUGUGCCAGUGCUCAACUACUGACUGACAAGUUAUAAUUAUGAAAGAAUAUGAAGAAUGUCUAUCAAAUGAAGAUAACUCCUUCCCUAAGUCACAUAUCAGAAUAGGAAAAAGGGCCACUAACUUCUAAGGAAGUUUAAGUGAUAUAUCAGAUUUUAAUUAUAAAAUAGCCAAGAAGUAUAUUGAUGAUAGAAAUUAGUCGCAUGUACACUACAUUUUUUUUUUCUAAUAAAGCCAUUUCUUUUAUGACUCCUUAUUUCCAUCUAGGUCAGAAACCUUUGACCAUCUUUAUUAUGGUAAUCAAGUGCUUUCCAGUGACUUUCAGAGCACAUAAUUUGUGUCUCAGUUUCAAUUUAUCCUUGUUUCUGUGAAAUACAAAUUCAUUUACAAGACUCUUAAAUAUGUUAAAGGUGACUAAAUGUUUAAUACAGUUGCAUUAAAUAUUGUAUAAAAGUGUAAUUCUGUUCUGAUUUAGCACUUUGUUAAAAGUGAAAUGACAAAUCACAUGGAACAUUCUGUGUUUUCAGCUGAUAGAUAGAUAGAGAAAUAUAUAUCAGCAUGGGAUGUAACAUCCAGGAUCUGCUACUAUUUACAUUUUAUUAAAUGAUACUUGUUUGAGAAUAAUGAUUUAUAAAAUUAAUACUUUCAAAUCU